GCCGGCAUACUUCAAUGGUACUGACGCAGGAAAAUGUUCCUUUUAUUUUUAUCUUCGUUAGUGAUAUUCUCGAGUAUUUGUUUUUGGACUCAUCAAAAGCCUCACAAAUUUCCACCAGGUCCCAAAUGGUUACCGAUUGUUGGAUGUAUGUUUAAAUUUCAAGAAUUGAAAAAUAAAUGUGGUUAUAUGUAUAUUGCUAUCAAUGAAUUAUCUCAAAAAUAUGGAUCUAUUUUAGGAUUAAAACUUGGUUGUCAAAAGUUUGUGAUUAUCUCAGGUAAUGAUUUAUUGAGAAAAACUCUUAUGAAACCUGAAUUCCAAGGAAGACCCGAUGGCUUUUUCUUCCAAGUUAGAGCAUUUGGCAAAAGAAGAGGCAUUCUGUUUGCGGAUGGUCCAUUAUGGUAUCAAAGUAAACGUAACACAAUAAAAUAUAUAUCUCAUAUUGGAUUCAGGCAUCGCUUAGUUGAUAAAUAUUUAACAGAAGAAGCAGAAACACUAGUGUGUUAUUUGAAAAAAAAAAUUACAAACAACAAAGAGAAGAUCGCAAUGAAUAAAAUUUUUGACGUUGCUGUUCUAAACUCUCUAUGGGUUUUAUUAGCAGGAUACAGAUUUGAUUACGAUGAUGUUAGACUUCAUAAUAUCCUCACAACUAUACAUGAAGCAUUCGAAUCAAAUGACACGUUAGGAGGACUUAUUUCUCAUUUUCCAUUUCUUCGGUUUAUCAUACCAGAAAUAUCAGGGUAUACUAGCCUCAUGAAAACUCUUCAUAAACUUUGGAAAUUUAUUGAUGAUGAAAUAGAGAUCCAUUUGAACAAAAUUCAGCUACAUCAACCAGCGAGCAAUUUUAUCGAUGCAUAUCUUCUUGAAAGAUAUGAUGAAAAAUCAAGACAAUUUUCUUAUGAUCGGAAAGAAUUGAUUGUAAUAUGUCUGGAUCUAUUUUUGGCUGGUUCUAAAACAACAAUUGAUUCAUUAUCAGGCAUAUUCGCUCUCCUCGUUCACCAUCCAGAUUGGAUUAAAAUGUUAAAAGAUGAUCUCGAUAUGGUUGUUGGUAACAAUAUGCCAAAAAUCGAUCACCUACCGAUGUUACCUCGAAUUGAAGCUUUUUUAUCUGAAGCACUCAGAGUAUUAGUUCUUGCUCCUUUAGCUCUUCCUCACAGAACAACAGAGAAUGUUUGGUUGGAAGGUUUUCAUAUUCCAAAGGACACUGUUGUUCUCUUCAAUUUUCACAGUGCAAAUUUUGAUGAAUCAUGUUGGGAAAACGCGGAGGAAUUUUAUCCGCAACGGUUUCUUAAUGAAAGUGGACAAUUUUGCCGUAAAAUUGAAUUUUUUCCAUUUGGAUUAGGAAGAAGAAGAUGUUUGGGGGAAAGCUUAGCAAAAUCAUCAAUUUUUUUAUUUUUUACACAUAUACUCCAUAAUUUCAACUUGGAAAUCCCCGAAGGAGAGAAGUUACCACGAUUGGAUGGCAUCGACGGUUUCACAAUAUCUCCAAGGCCUUAUUUUCUUCAUCUAACGCCGCUAAUAUAA